AUGAUGGUAGGCGGCACUUCCGACGGCUGGAGCAGCCCUAACGACCCCGACAAUCCGUUCAACUGGACGCCGCUUCGCAAGUGGUUCGUGACAGGGUUGGGCCUCCUGGCUAGCUUCGAAACCCUUAUCAAUGGAACUAUCAUUACCGUCGCCCACGAGGCAAUCGGUGAUAGAUUUGAUGUCAGUGAUAAGGCAUUUCCGCACUCCUACUGGCCGGUGACCUCAUGGGGCCUUGGUGGCGCUGCAUUCUCUCUGAUUGUUCUGCCUAUUAUGGAAGACUUUGGGAUCCGUUGGGUGUUCCUCGCGAUCUAUCUCUGCUUCAUUUGCUUUCUGAUACCACAAGCGGUCGCGCAGAACUAUGCUACUUUGAUUAUUGCCCGGUUCUUCAGUGGAGGCUGCGUGGCCAUCUUAGCCAACACGGUUGCCGGUGUGAUCGGCAAUAUUUGGUCUGGAGACCGCGCUCGCACGCUCCCCAUCAGUCUCUACAUCACUAUCUACAUGACCUCCAGCAGUAUGGGCCCUGUGUUAGGUGCUGCCAUCUUCCAACAUCUGACUUGGCGUUGGAUCAGCUACAUCGAGCUGAUCUGGACGGGGCUUCUGUUUCCGGUCUUUCUCCUGGCUUUCCCCGAAACUCGACCAUCGGCCAUUCAGGAAAAGCGAGCGCGAAAGCUUGGUCACGGCACUGGCGACACGGCGGCCAAGCAGACCACUGCAUCCCCCACCCAGAAGACCAAGAUCCUCACGCGAUUGGGCGAGAGCAUCAAACGACCGGUUACGAUGCUUUUCACCGAGUCCGUCGUCUUUGUCGCCACCCUUUGGUCCGCAUUCGGUCUAGGAACCAUCUACAUCUUCACCCAGUCGGCGGAACAAGUGUUCAACGGGCUCUACGGCUGGAACGCAACGCAAGCCGGCUACGUGCAGGUGGCGAUUGUGGUCGGGGAACUGUGCGGCUUCGUCCUCUGCCUGAUCUGCAACCGGUGGUAUUUCGCCUCGGCCUCACGCAACCACGAGGUCCCCGGCAAGCCCAUCCCCGAGGCACGGCUUUACGCAGCGCUCGUGGGAGGUCUGCUCGGCAACACGGGGGGCAUGCUCAUCUACGCUUGGACCGCCUAUCCGUCGAUUCCCUUCAUUGCCCCCACUAUCGGACUCGCAAUGGUGGGAAUGGGCAGCAAUGCCAUCGUCAUCAGUAUUGUAACCUACCUACUGGACGCCUAUGCGCAUCUGGCCGGCAGUGCGAUUGCCGCCGUGGGACUGGGCGAGAAUCUGUUUCUGGCCUUCCUUCCCUUAGCCACUCAGAGCAUGUAUAACACUCUAGGCUACCACUGGGCGAGUUUCCUCCUGGGCAUGAUCUCCUUUGUGUUGGCUCUCGUCCCCCUGAUCAUGUUCCGGUGGGGGCCUGACAUCCGGGGCCGAAGUCCACUUCUGCAGGCGGCCCGCGACAUGACAGCGGCGGAGACGUCCAAAGAAGGGGGGAGGGGGCAAUGA